AUGGAUGAAGGUGCAGAGUCCGAUGAUGCUGUCAUUAUUGUGGAGAACGAAGCAGAGAGUAUGCCAGUUCAGGAGAACACGAACGCCUGCAACGAGCAGACAGGCACCUUGAAUUUUCUGGACACUUGUCCCGUGUGUCAUUUUAACUUUCACAGUCGAGAACCAAAACUUCUGCCAUGUCUCCACUCUUUUUGUAAGAAGUGUUUGCCGUCGCCUUCCAGGAAUUUGGCAAUGCCAGACACUAACAGCUCGACGAAACCACGUGAGCUGCUCAUGUUUACAAACAAUAGAUACGCGAGACAGUGCAUCCCAAUGACUGUAUAAGUGAAGGUGCAUCCGGGUGUGUAAAAUUGCAUAGUCUGUGCAAGACAAGUGCAAAACCCACUAUUGCAUCCUAUCUGUGAUGUAUUUAAAACAAUGAAUCUGCAUUUUAUGUCAUUGCAUCUACCAAGAGGAAUUUAAUGCACAAUUACAAUUUCAGACAUGUGAUGAGCUGGCUUUGGAUUUGGAAGAGUGGGGUUUGAGGGAGGGAGUGAGUCUUAUCUCUUUGGGCACAUGUUCUUGUGCUUUCUUGGAUAUAUUUAAUCAUUAUCGUUGUGUGUGGAACUUCAUUCACUAUGUAUGCAUGAUGUGUUUGUCUGUCCAUCUUCCCAAUUACAGUGAAUGUGAUUCGCUGCCCAGUGUGCAGACAGGAGUGUAUGGAGGUGGACGUGAUGGAGAACUUCUUUGUGAGGGACUCAGUGGAGGCUUCCAGCAGCACCGUGGAGAGGACUGUUCAGGUGGGUGGAAAUACUGGUCAAUAUAGGUUACUGCUGGAAUGUACAUUCCUUUGUGUAUUAUUGGACAUAGUCUCACUUGCCUGACUCAUGGCUCCCCUGUAAAAAUAGACUAGGGGUAACCCAAGCAAAGCUUGUUCAGCAGCCUGGAUCUCUCAGUCAGUUACCAAGCCAUUUCACCAAGAUGCCAGGUGUUUGUCAGCUUAGUAGCUCAUGAGCAUUAUACAGAGGGAAAGCUGAAGCUUCGCAUUAUCUCCAAUAUCAAUGUCACUACCACAGACACACAGUUUUGCCUUGGGCAGAUUUCAGGCUCUAAAUUCUAAUGUUUACUUUCUAACCGAUAUUCUGUUUGUGCUGAGGCAUAAUAAGUUCAAGUUCACAUUUGACUUAACUUUCGUUGAAAGUAAUAAGACUGACUGUCAGUAGCUAUGUACAGUUGAAGUCGGAAGUUUACAUACACCUUAGCCAAAUACAUUUAAACUCAGUUUUUCACAAUUCCUGACAUUUAAUCCUAGUAAAUAAUUCCCUGUCUUAGGUCAGUUAGGCUCACCACUUUAUUUUAAGAAUGUGAAAUGUCAGAAUAAUAGUAGAGAGAAUGAUUUAUUUCAGCUUUUAUUUAUUUCAUCACAUUCCCAGUGGUCAGAAGUUUACAUACACUCAAUUAGUAUUUGGUAGCAUUGCCUUUAAAUUGUUUAACUUGGGUCAAACGUUUCGGGUAGCCUUCCACAAGCUUCCUACAAUAAAUUGGGUGAAUUUUGGCCCAUUCCUCCUGACAGAGCUGGUGUAACUGAGGCAGGUUUGUAGGCCUCCUUGCUUGCACACGCUUUUUUAGUUCUGCCCACACAUUUUCUAUAGGAUUGAGGUCAGGGCUUUGUGAUGGCCACUCCAAUACCUUGACUUUGUUGUCCUUAAGCCAUUUUGCCACGACUUUGGAAGUAUGCUUGGGGUCAUUGUCCAUUUGGAAGACCCAUUUGUGACCAAGCUUUAACUUCCUGACUGAUGUCUUGAGAUGUUGCUUCAAUAUAUCCACAUAAUUUUCCUUCCUCAUGAUGCCAUCUAUUUUGUGAAGUGCACCAGUCCCUCCUGCAGCAAAGCACCCGCACAGCAUGAUGCUGCCACCCCUUUGCUUCACGGUUGGGAUGGUGUUCUUCGGCUUGCAAGCAACCCCCUUUUUCCUCGAAACAUAACAAUGGUCAUUAUGGCCAAACAGUUCUAUUUUUGUUUAAUCAGACCAGAGGACAUUUCUCCAAAAAGUACGAUCUUUGUCCCCAUGUGCAGUUGCAAACCGUAGUCUGGCUUUUUUAUGGCGGUUUUGGAGCAGUGGCUUCUUCCUUGCUGAGCGGCCUUUCAGGUUAUGUCGAUAUAGGACUCGUUUUACUGUGGAUAUAGAUACUUUUGUACCUGUUUCCUCCAGCAUCUUCACAAGGUCUUUUGCUGUUGUUCUUGGAUUGAUUUGCACUUUUCGCACAAAAGUACGUUCAUCUCUAGGAGACAGAACGCAUCUCCUUCCUGAGCGGUAUGACGGCUGCGUGGUCCCAUUGUGUUUAUACUUGCGUACUAUUGUUUGUACAGAUGAACGUGGUACCUUCAGGCUUUUGAAAAUUGCUCCCAAGGAUGAACCAGUCUUGUGGAGGUAUACAAAUUUUUUCUGAGGUCUUGGCUGAUUUCUUUGGAUUUUCCCAUGAUGUGAAGCAAAGAGGCACUGAGUUUGAAGGUAGGCCUUGAAAUACAUCCACAGGUACACCUCCAAUUGACUCAAAUUACGUCAAUUAGCCUAUCAGAAGCUUCUAAAGCCAUGACAUCAUUUUCUGGAAUUUUCAAGCUGUUUAAAGGCCCAGUCAAUUUAGUGUAUGUAAACCUCUUACCCACUGGAAUUGUGAUACAGUGAACUAUAAGUGAAAUAAUCUGUCUGUAAACAAUUGUUGGAAAAAUUACUUGUGUCAUGCACAAAGUAGAUGUCCUAACCGACUUGCCAAAACUAUAGUUUGUUAACAAGAAAUUUGUGGAGUGGUUGAAAAACUAGUUUUAAUGACUCCAACCUAAGUGUAUGUAAACUUCCAACUUCAAUUGUAUGUGUCUGACUGGUCUGUAUACCUGUCUCUCUGUAGAUGUUUAUGUCUGACUGGACUCUCUUCCCUGUCCGUAGCUGUGUAUGAGCUGUGAGGACAACACAGAGACUACAGGUUUCUGUGUGGACUGUGUGGAGUUCAUGUGUGCCACCUGCGUGGAGGCCCACCAGAGGGUCAAGUUCACCAAAGACCACACCAUCAGACAAAAGGGGGAUGUGUCUCAAGGUACAGUACAGCUUCCUGUCUGACUGUGGCAGCAACGAUUGUCAAGGAAAUACCUACAACAACCAGAAACUGUAUUUACAUUAUAUUAUUGUUGAUUCAAUGAAAAUAAAGUUCACAUCCUCCUAUACAGUACAAAAAGCCUGAGAUGAAUUGCAUACCUGUACAGUACCUGAAAGAUCGGAAUUGAUUACAGUAAGAUUAACUUCUGGCUUUUAAAUGCUUUCCUAUUGGUUUUCCAGAGUCUGUGGGUGUUUCCACUCAGAGGCCAGUGUUCUGUGAAAUCCACAAGCAGGAGCCCCUGAAGCUGUUCUGUGAGACCUGUGAUCUACCAACCUGUCGAGACUGUCAGCUACUCAAGCAUAAGGACCACAAGUACUGAAUACUGAUGAGCCCCUAUUGAUUUUAAAAAUCUAUAUAUCUAAAAGCACAUUUUUGUUUGAAUGAAAUGUGCUAUUUAAAUAAAUAUUGAUUUUAUAUACAGUGGGGGAAAAAAGUAUUUAGUCAGCCACCAAUUGUGCAAGUUCUCCCACUUAAAAAUAUGAGAGAGGCCUGUAAUUUUCAUCAUAGGUACACGUCAACUAUGACAGACAAAAUUUGGAAAAAAAAUCCAGAAAAUCACAUUGUAGGAUUUUUAAUGAAUUUAUUUGCAAAUUAUGGUGGAAAAUAAGUAUUUGGUCAAUAACAAAAGUUUCUCAAUACUUUGUUAUAUACCCUUUGUUGGCAAUGACACAGGUCAAACGUUUUCUGUAAGUCUUCACAAGGUUUUCACACACUGUUGCUGGUAUUUUGGCCCAUUCCUCCAUGCAGAUCUCCUCUAGAGCAGUGAUGUUUUGGGGCUGUCGCUGGGCAACACUGACUUUCAACUCCCUCCAAAGAUUUUCUAUGGGGUUGAGAUCUGGAGACUGGCUAGGCCACUCCAGGACCUUGAAAUGCUUCUUACGAAGCCACUCCUUCGUUGCCCGGGCGGUGUGUUUGGGAUCAUUGUCAUGCUGAAAGACCCAGCCACGUUUCAUCUUCAAUGCCCUUGCUGAUGGAAGGAGGUUUUCACUCAAAAUCUCACGAUACAUGGCCCCAUUCAUUCUUUCCUUUACACGGAUCAGUCGUCCUGGUCCCUUUGCAGAAAAACAGCCCCAAAGCAUGAUGUUUCCACCCCCAUGCUUCACAGUAGGUAUGGUGUUCUUUGGAUGCAACUCAGCAUUCUUUGUCCUCCAAACACGACGAGUUGAGUUUUUACCAAAAAUAUAUAUUUUGGUUUCAUCUGACCAUAUGACAUUCUCCCAAUCCUCUUCUGGAUCAUCCAAAUGCACUCUAGCAAACUUCAGAUGGGCCUGGACAUGUACUGGCUUAAGCAGGGGGACACGUCUUGCACUGCAGGAUUUGAGUCCCUGGCGGCAUAGUGUGUUACUGAUGGUAGGCUUUGUUACUUUGGUCCCAGCUCUCUGCAGGUCAUUCACUAGGUCCCCCCGUGUGGUUCUGGGAUUUUUGCUCACCGUUCUUGUGAUCAUUUUGACCCAACGGGGUGAGAUCUUGCGUGGAGCUCCAGAUCGAGGGAGAUUAUCAGUGGUCUUGUAUGUCUUCCAUUUCCUAAUAAUUGCUCCCACAGUUGAUUUCUUCAAACCAAGCUGCUUACCUAUUGCAGAUUCAGUCUUCCCAGCCUGGUGCAGGUCUACCAUUUUGUUUCUGGUGUCCUUUGACAGAUCUUUGGUCUUGGCCAUAGUGGAGUUUGGAGUGUGACUGUUUGAGGUUGUGGACAGGUGUCUUUUAUACUGAUAACAAGUUCAAACAGGUGCCAUUAAUACAGGUAACGAGUGGAGGACAGAGGAGCCUCUUAAAGAAGAAGUUACAGGUCUGUGAGAGCCAGAAAUAUUGCUUGUUUGUAGGUGAUCAAAUACUUAUUUUCCACCAUAAUUUGCAAAUAAAUUCAUAAAAAAUCCUACAUAGUUGACGUGUACCUAUGAUGAAAAAUACAGGCCUCUCUCAUCUUUUUAAGUGGGAGAACUUGCACAAUUGGUGGCUGACUAAAUACUUUUUUCCCCCACUCUAUUAAUUGAUUGAUUGAUUGAUUGUGACUAAAGCUGUUCAAUAUUCAAGUUGAUUUCAAUUAUUUUGUAACAACGAAUUAGCUAACUAUGGUAUGUUACUUAGUUACCAGUUUCUGGAGGAUGCCUAUAAGAAUCACAAACAUUACAUGGAGGAUAUGAAUCGUCAGCUGCAGGAAAAAAAGAAGGUCAUCGAAGAUGUGUCAAACUCCAUAAACAAUGGGUACAAUAUGCAUUUUAUUUUGCAUCUGAGAAUCUCUAUGCUUGCUGUAUAUGUACAAAAUGUAUAGUGAAAUGGGAACACUAUGUCCUUCCAUCGCAAAUUCAAAUACAUUUUUUGUUUAGUAAGAUGAAUUUGUUCAUGUCUUUCAUGUUUCUCAGACUCCUUCAAGUUGAUGAGAACCGCAUAUCAGUUCACAAUGAAAUCAAGAAGUCGAUCUGUAGUUUGAUACUAGAGAUCAACAGAAAGGGAAAGAUUCUUGUCAAUCAGCUUGAGGUACAGUAUGAUCAUAAUCACAUCUCUAACAUUAUGAUGAUUCUGUAUAUUCUCAUGUUUCCAUAGGUAGGCCGACUAGGAUUUGUCAGGUUUCUUUGUAUUCAUUAUGAGUGCAGAGAGUAGGAGGAAAUGGAAAGGCCUGCAAAUGUUUUGAUUGUCAUGACAGGAGCUUACCCUGAAGGCAGUGUUGAAAUGCCACAGAUUCUGGGAAAAGGCUAUACGGACACUCCUGACCAGCAAAACGAUAUUUAAUUCCAGAAUUGGUUAAAUUAGGUUAAGGUUUGGUUAAAGUAGGGGUCAGUUUUAGAUUUUGGUUAGUUGUUUUAGAGGUCAGGAGUGUCUUUAGAGCCUCUCCCCAGAUUCUGACUUCUCCAUUUAUUUCCUAUCCCCUGAAGGGCCUGACAAAGGAUCAUGAGAGCGGUCUGAAGAAGCAGAAGGAGGAUAUUGGCUAUCUGUCCAGACACCUGGAUCACGUGAUCAACUUCACAAAAUGGGCGACAGCUAGGAACGGUGGCACAGCUCUCCUGUACUGCAAACGUUUGGUAAGGCCUCUCUCCCGUACACUCCCUCAGCCUCCAUCCACAGGCUCCAAGGCUUCCACUAUCCCUAAAGCCAGACAGGAGCCCAUGGUGUAAAGCAUUGAUGAAAUGCAGAACAUAUGCCUUGUGUUUUCUCAGCGUUUCUCCAAAUUAUUAAUAACAUCCCUUCUGCUGCAGAUUCUGUUUCAGAUCGGAAACCUCCUGCGGGCUAAAUGCAAUACCUCGUUUGUACCGCAGAGCACUGUGCGUUUCCAGUGUCGAUCAGGCUUCUGGGCUUCAAAUGUCGAUCUGGGUAAGCGAGAAAGCUCAAUGAGAGUGGCUACACUGAAAUCUUACAAUUCUAUUUCAUUGAAACAUUUAAAUUGCAGUGUUUUAUGUUGGGGGAGAACAUUAUCUGUUGGACAGGGAGAAAUAGUAGUAGUAGUAGUAGUUCUUGUAGUGGUAGUAAAUUAGUAUUUGCAGUGUGCACUAAUGGUGGUAGUAGUAGUAUUGUAAUAAUCUUAGUAAUACUGGAUGGGUUUGGUAUGGCGCAGUUUGUUCUUGAAAUAAAAGAUAGGUACCAGGUCAGUGUAUUAGCUCUUUCGUUAUGCAUGUUAUGCUGAAGCCGACUCUCUCUUCCUGUUCCCUCAGGCUCAUUAGUGGUGGAGAAUGUCCCAGGCCCCCAGCUGGGCGGCUUUCAGGGCAUCCCUCAUCAACUCCCCCAUCCUGGGCAGGGCCCCUCAGGCUCCCCCAACAGCCUGCCCCCAGGCCUCUCCCAGCCCCGCCUGCCCCCCCACAACCACAACACCCUGGCUCAGCUCCAGAUGCAGGUGGAGAAACUAGCCCAGCAGCCCCACUGGCAGCCCCAGACCCCACCCUGGGCCUGGUACCAGAGCAUGCGGCUCCAGAGACCCCCUCCAGGGCCCCUCCAGGGUGGCUCUCCCUCCCAGAUUCUCCCCCCCAUGCCCCAGCAGGGCCGGAGGUUCAUUGCCCCCCCUGCAAUCCAUCUCAGUCCCACCAGCACCCUGCCAAGCCCUGGAUAUCCGCCCCAGGUGGGAAAGAGUGUGCUCGUCUGUGCGUGUGUCAGUUUGAUUGACAGGGAUUCUUAACAGGCGCAGACAGUGGAUGACGUCGUCCCAAAUGGAGCAGACAGCCUUCACAUCCUGGGCAAUUUAUGUCUUGACUUGUCAAGAUCAGUUUGAAUCAUAUGAAUAAAAAACAUGGAUAUAAAAAAGGGCUAAAUCUCCAAGUGCAGCUGCUCACAUGUGAUACAGAACAGGCCCAAAGCCUCCAGAGAUGAUGAUAGAUAUGUCUUGUCUACAGUGUUUAGUCUGGGGCUAAGGCUGUUUUAUACUAGCUCUAAAAUACAGGCAAAUCAAGAGGACAAUCCACUGCCUGUAGAUUUCAGACAAGAGUUGCGUCAUGGUUGAUGUGAACAAGCUGUUGAGGUGGAGCCUUGAAGCACUGUUCUUUAUAACAGAGCCACGUUAUAGAUCAUUUAUACACUAGGCCUUGUGUUUAGUUUGACUUUAUAAUGUGUCAUCACUGUUGAAUUAUAUACAGUGUCAGGAGGGAAUGGUUGAAAUAGGCUAUUUACGUCAGGGCAAUGUCUAGUCUCAUUAUUUCAUGAGUACAUUUCUGACAAAAUAGUGUAUCACAUCUUUAGUUAUAUAACCCUUAUCAUAUUGUCUGUGGAACUCAAAAUUCCAGUUUCUAUGCAUUUUCUCCCCAAAGUAAAAACUGUUCACCAUUGGCUGUUGCACCUGCAGGCUUGGACCUAGACCAAAACAAAGAAGGCUGUUUCAAAACAAAGUGCUUAAGCAAAGCGUUCUGGAACAUUCACAAGUGGCUUGUUUGUGUUCCGUCUUCUGUUCUGCUCUGUGUUGUGAAAGCCAGGGGCUCCUAUCCUAGACAUAACCAAUCACAGGCUACUAUCCCAGACAUAACCAAUCACAGACUGACGACACACCAUUUCAUCUGUCUGUCACCACCAUCGACUCAUAAGAAGAGAUAUGACAUUUAUUGUUGAUGGAAUUGCUCUGUCUGACUCUGUCUCCAACUGUAUGUCUGUCUCACUCACAGGCUGUCCAAUCACUGAGAGGCCUGGUGAGCAGCCCCAGCAGCUAUGCACUCAAACACAUGGAUGUAUUCAACCCAAUGCCUCACUUCUCCCACAAUGCACCACUGCCUAGCAACGGCAGCCUCAGUUCUCCUCACUCACGACAGCAGCAGGUACAUACAGCUGCGCUCAAAUAUACUGGCACCCUUGCACUUUACAAUGGAGUGCAAUGGAGCAGAAUGUUCUGUUUUCUCUAUUCAAAACUGAGUUGAAUGGCUAUUUUUACCCUGUAGGCACCUGCCACUUACCUCAGGUGAGAUAAAUUCCACAGUAAAGCACAAUCACCUGCCUCCAACCUAUUCAUUUGAAUUCCGAAAAAUGUAGUCCAGGCAAUUGUAUUUUAUUUGAAUUGAAAAAUCUAAAUGUCAGUUUAGAUAAUUUUUGGGGGGUCAUGUGCAGGUGUAAAUCAAACAUAUACACGUGAAGAACACCAAACAUUUUCUCAAUUUAAAUGUAUUUGAGAAGAAAUAGUGAAUCAUGCAAGGGUGCCAGUAUAUUUUAGCGUAACUGUAGCUCCAAUUCACAUCCACAUAUCAAUCUGUAACAUUAUGUUGUUAAGAAUCAGAAUGUUAGCAGUUUAAUUGAUGUAGUGAAAUCUUUAGAUGGAGUCUGCAUAUCACAACAAGCACCCUGGAGGCCCUGUCCAGAUAAUAAGACCCAACUUCCCUCAGACCCUACCAGCUUCCCUCCCAUACAGAACUGGUAUGUAUUGGUGUUGUGUACUACUCUACUAAUACUACACAACGAAAUAUAAGAAAACACAUACAAUACUUCUUGUAUAUAUGACAUGGGAUGGAACUUCAGGAUUUUGGGCACUGUCCAGCCGGGCUAGUAGACAUCAAUGUUUACUAGCCCGGGUUCAAAAUCUAUUCUAUGGGAUAUUUGAAAAGACAAAACUUUCACUAGUCAGCGGGCUAGUUUGGCACAUUUUCUACUAGCCCGGUCUGAAAAGUACUAGCCACGGUCAAGCAGGCUAGCUUAACUUCCAUCCCUGUAUAAGACGUAUGAGGAAUACAAUUUAUCUUCCUUUAGCACAAGGACACCAUCAUGCAGGACUAACUGCUAUAUCCUGUGAGGAGAAACCAGGGUAAGAUGAUGAUUUCUCAUUCUUCAUGAAUUCUAUACAGGCAUGACAUUUUGAUUUAAAAAAUAAUAAUAAUCUCCAAUGUGCCAUUCUUUCAAUUUCUCUUUCUCUCACCUUCCUUCUGAUUGGCUGAUUGAAGGACUGUUUCCUGGAAACCUCUUGAGAUGCAGCAGAAGGCGUAUGGAGCUGGGGGAUCAGCUGCCAAGAGGAGACGAAGGUCAUCGCCUGGACCCAUCAUCAUCAUCAAAGACGAGCCAGAGGACGACAUCAGCUGUGUAAGAGGACAGAUGGAUGGACUGGAAAUAAACUAAUGAUAAUGAUUACAUGUACAUCUUAUUGCAUGUGUUACUUGAAAUGGUAUGGGUGAUUUAUUUGUCUUUGAGCCACAGUAUUUUUAGAUGGUAACAGCACAGUAAUGAUAUACUGUGAUGUCAUUAUAGUGUUCAAUGCCAGGAUUGCUGUUGGGUGAUCCCUGAGAGGUCACUGUUCUGUUUUUGAGUGUUCUGUUAAGUAUGCGUGUUUGUUUGUGUGUUUCAGGUACAGAGUAACCUGAGACCCAACCUCCCAGACAGCAGCACGGGGAUACAGGCCCAAACCUGUCGGCAAGAUAGAGGGGAACAACAAGUUCAGAUUUCUCCUCAGAGCACAGAGGAAAAGGCCCAGACCCCACCACAGCCUCCACGGCCGUCAGGGGACCCGAGUCAAGCCCCACAGCAGAGCCACUCUCUGGGGGCAGAGCAGCAGCUAGGCAGUCGGGGCCCAGCUCCAGAGGAGGACCCUAAUGAGGAUUGGUGUGCUGUGUGUCAGAAUGGAGGAGAGCUGCUGCUGUGUUGUGACAAGUGUCCCAAAGUCUUCCACCUCUCCUGCCACAUCCCCACCCUCCUCAGAUUACCCAGGUACUGUAGGCCCUAGGACAGAGGUGGAUAAUCUUACUCUUGGUGGGCCCGAGUGGGUGCAGGCAUUUUGCUACAGCCAAGCAGGAACACACAUGAUUCUACAGACAAUGAUUAGUAGAAUCGGGUGUGUUUCUGCUUGGUUGGAGCAAAAGCUUGCACUCACAUCGGCCCUCACUGGGUGAGAUUACCUAUUGUACCUAAUGCACUGCCUUUAAAUGGGAUUAAAUUAAAUGGAUUGGUUAUCUGAAAUAGAUGCUGUAAUGUUGUUAUUACACUCUAGUUUCUAUUGGCCUGCUGAUGUUUUUCUUUCAGUGGGGAGUGGUUCUGCUCAUUCUGCCGUGACCUGUCAGUGCCUGAGGUGGUGUAUGACUGUGACAUCAGCAGAUUAGAACCCAGAACAGUGAAGGAGGAACCAGACUCUGAGGGAGGAUUCUGCCCUGUGGACAAAAGGGUCAGUAUUGUACUUUACUGUACUUUAAAGAGACAAUAAUUUAUCAGGCCUACCUGAGGUGUUUAUCUCUGUAUAAAGUGUUAAUGUAAUCUUAUUACAAUACAUCAGCUCUGGGGUUGAUGUAAUGUAAAGGUGUGUUGUAUUUCUCUCUCUCUCUCUGCAGAAAUGUGAGAGACUGUUGCUGAAGAUGUACUGCAGUGAGCUCAGUGCUGACUUCCAGGAGGCUAGAUCCCCCUUGGUGAGUGGAGAGGCUAAUGCCCAAUCCCAGGCAAGAUCACCCUUGGUGAGUGAAGAGGCUAAUGCCCAAUCCCAGGCAAGAUCCCCCUUGGUGAGUGGAGAGACUAAUGCCCAAUCCCAGGCAAGAUCCCCCUUGGUGAGUGGAGAGACUAAUGCCCAAUCCCAGGCAAGAUCCCCCUUGGUGAGUGGAGAGACUAAUGCCCAAUCCCAGGCAAGAUCCCCCUUGGUGAGUGGAGAGACUAAUGCCCAAUCCCAGGCAAGAUCCCCCUUGGUGAGUGGAGAGGCUAAUGCCCAAUCACAAAAAGUAACUCCUUACCUUUACAUCCAUGUGGAGAUAAUAAUAAUAUAAUAAUAAUAUGCCAUUUAGCAGACGCUUUUAUCCAAAGCGACUUACAGUCAUGCGUGCAUACAUUUUUUGUGUAUGGGUGGUCCCGGGGAUCGAACCCACUACCUUGGCGUUACAAGCGCCGUGCUCUACCAGCUGAGCUACAGAGGAGAUGUGAGAAUUGAAUAGGUACAGAUUUAGGAUCUUAAUUUGAUCACUCUUUUGUUGUUAAUAAUUUUCCUGCACCGCAUGAAAUGCAGAUGAGCUUCAUGAUUUACAUAAAUUCACUGAAAACCCACACUAACACACGGUUACAGUGUAUUCGGAAAGUAUUCAGACCCCUUGACUUUUUCCACAUUUUGUUACUUUACAGCCUUAUUCCAAAAUUUAUUAAAUUAUUUUUUUCCCUCAUCAAUCUACAAACAAUAAUGACAAAGCGAAAACAGGUUUUUUGACAUUUUUGCAAAUGUAUAAAAAAUAAAAAACUGAAAUACCUUAUUUACAUAAGUAUUCAGACCCUUUGCUAUGAGACUCGAAAUUGAGCUCAGGCAUCCUGUUUCCAUUGAUCAUCCUUGAGAUGUUUCUACAACUUGAUUGGAGUCCACCUGUGGUAAAUUCAAUUAAUUGGACAUGAUUUGGAAAGGCACACACCUGUCUAUAUAAGGUCCCACAGUUGACAGUGCAUGUCAGAGCAAAAACCAAGCCAUGAGGUCGAAUGAAUUGUCCGUAGAGCUCCGAGACAGGAUUGUGUCGAGGCACAGAUCUGGGGAAGGGUACCAAAAAAUGUCUGCAGCAUUGAACGUCCCCAAGACCACAGUGGCCUCCAUCAUUCUUAAAUCGAAGAUGUUUGGAACCACCAAUAUUCUUCUUAGAGCUGGCUGCCUGGCCAAACUGAGCAAUCAGGGGAGAAGGGCCUUGGUCAGGGAGGUGACCAAGAACCCGAUGGUCACUCUGACAGAGUUCCAGAAUUCCUCUGUGGAGAUUGUAGAACCUUCCAGAAGGACAACCAUCUCUGCAGCACUCCACCAAUCAGGCCUUUAUGGUAGAGUGUCCAGAAGCCACUCCUCAGUAAAAGGCACAUGACAGCCCACUUGGAGGUUGCCAAAAGGCACCUAAAGACUCUCAGACCAUGAGACACAAGAUUCUCUGGUUUGAUGAAACCAAGAUUGAACUCUUUGGCCUGAGUGCCAAGUGUCAUGUCUGGAGGAAACCUGGCACCAUCCCUACGGUGAAGCAUGGUGGUGGCAGCAUCAUGCUGUGGGGAUGUUUUUUAGCGGCUGGGACUGGGAGACUAGUCAGGAUCGAGGGAAAGAUGAACGGAGCAAAGUACAGAAAGAUCCUUGAUGAAAUUCUGCUCCAGAGCGCUCAGGACCUCAGACUGGGGUGAAGGUUCACCUUCCAACAGGACAACGACCCUAAGCACACAGCCAAGACAAUGCAGGAGUGGCUUCGGGACAAGUCUCUGAAUGUCCUUGAGUGGCCCAGCCAGAGCCCAGACUUGAACCCAAUCAAACAUCUCUGGAGAGACCUGAAAAUAGCUAUGCAGCGACGCUCCCCAUCCAACCUGACAGAGCUUGAGAGGAUCUGCAGAGAAGAAUGGGAGAAAUUCCCCAAAUACAGGUGUGCCAAGCUUGUAGCGUCAUACCCAAGAAGAAUCGAGACUGUAAUCACUGCCAAAGGUGCUUCAACAAAGUACUGAGUAAAGGGGCUGAAUACUUAUGUAAAUGUAAUAUCUUAGUUAUUUAUUUUGUAAAAAUGUGCUAAAAAAAUCUAAAAACCUGUUUUUGCUUUGUCAUUAUGGGGUAUUGUGUGUAGAUUGAUGAGGAAAUAAAACAAGUUAAUCAAUUUUAGAAUAAGGCUGUAAAGUAACAAAAUGUGGAAAAAGUCAAGAGGUCUGAAUACUAACCACCGAUCAAGCAACAUUAUGGACUAAACGUUUAAAUCCUGUUGCUCCAGGAUUAUUUUACUGUGGCAAUAUAGGUCAAAUUAAGAUCCAACAUCUGUAUAAUAAUAUAAUAAUAUGCCAUUUAGCAGACGCUUUUAUCCAAAGCGACUUACAGUCAUGCGUGCAUACAUUAUUUUUAUUUUUUUUGUGUAUGGGUGGUCCCGGGGAUCGAACCCACUACCUUGGCGUUACAAGCGCCGUGCUCCACCUUGCUCUUUGGCCGCUUAUUCCGAUAAAAGUCUCUCAGUGCAUAGGCCAGGGGGUAGGUGCUCAGGGUUGAUUUGUGAUUGGGCAAGAGGGGCAGCCACAGCAGCACACUGACAACACAGGGCCUGGCCCCACCUUAACCAAUCAAACGCAGGGAAAAAAACAUCCUAGGAUAAAAUCACAUACUGAGCAGUGUUUCACCUAGGAUUUUUUUCAGCAAAGGUAGUGGGGUGGGGCAUGCCCCCCGGGAAUUUUUGUUUGUACAACAACUGUGAGAAGGUGACUUUUUAAAAGGGCAUUCUACUCCAAAAUGAAUGAAAUUUGAAUUAUGCUGACACCAUCUGAAAUAUUAUUUCCCCUUUAAAAGCAUUAUAACCUGUAGCCUAACUGAUGCAGCAUAGCGGCUUUAAAUACAUCGGCUGAAUCACGGGGUUUCCCAUCUGCAUUUACCUAAUUGAAAACCCCCAAAAGACUCUGAAUGCAUCAAAUGCUACAAAUAUAAAUGUUGUAACUUGUCACUGUGAUCUUAAAAACGCAUCUCGGUAGAAAUAUUACAUUUUUUGUAAUCAUAUUUUUGGAUUGGCGCUGCUAAAUGAAUAUAGGGGAAACACUGACAUAGGCUUACCGUUACUGUACUUAAAGAUGUCUAUUGGUCAAUACAGAGAGGUUAUGAGAGGCCUGUUUUUGGAUUGAAAUGUCUCCUUGGUUUAUCAUCCACUUUAUAGCCAUGAAAAGGGACAUUGAGAGAAACACUUUUUAUAGUUUUGUAUAUUGUGAUAGCCUCUGUAUUUUUCUGUAGAUAAUGCCAGAGAACCAGCAGACCCCAAAGACGCCGAUGGUUCUGUCCAUUGUGAAGAGCAAGCUGGAAUCCAGGCAGAGCCCCUGCUACCAGACACCUGCUGAGUUUGUAUCAGACAUCCGACUCAUCUUCAGGAAUAUUGCAGCAUUCAAUGAGGUAGACUAGACGGCACUAACGCUCUCCAGAAGAGGCCUCUUGCCUUAGUUUACACAGAUGGGUUAAUUACUCUGUUAAUGUGUGUGGAUGGACUGUUUUUACAAUGUUUCUGUCAUUUACAUGUUAGUUUUAGCAGACACUCUUAUCCAGAAUGAGUUAGGAGGUAAAACAACCACAUACAUCUGUUGUCUCUUUUCUCCCAUGCCAGGCUGACACUGAGGUUGCCACUGCAGGGAGAAACCUGGAGAGGUUCUUUGAGGAGCAGCUGAAGUUCCUCUACCCUGAGCGGAUGUUUCCAGAGGUCAAGUCUGAGGUCAUCAGUCCUGUGACCCCUCCCGUCUCUCCUCCCCCUCCCACAACCCCUGAUGAGGAGAGCUCCCAGCAUGCAAAGCAUCAGCGCAGGUGCUCUGAGACCCAGGAGGUGUGUACUCCUACUCCUGCUCAGCUAAACUCACCAAAGGGAGAGGAAGAGACC